GCCUUGGCGCCCGUGUGGAGGAGCCCGUGGAAGAUGGCUGGCACCGGGCGGGGAAGCGCCCGCGUCGCAGUCGGAACAAGAGCCCGACUUUGCCGGCGUUGGCCGCUCGGAGUGACAUGCCGCCGGAGAUGGCGGGCCGGUGCUACAACUGCCUGGGCGACGACCACGUGGCGGCGUUGUGCCGCAACCCCAUGCGAUGCCGCCGGUGCUUCGACUCCGGCCACGUUGGGAGAGAUUGCCGAGCGCCGCGGAGUCUCACGCCCUCUCCGCCACGGGUCACUCUGCCAACUUCCCAUCAACCCGCGGUGCAGUUGCAGACUGCUCCUGCUCCCCCAACCGCGCCUACUCCUCGUCAAGCUCCGGUGGCGCAGCCGCGUCAUGCCCCUGCCCCCCGCUCAAGCUCCUGCCGCCCGUACUCCCCCUGCUCAUCAGGCCCUGGUGCCUCAACCCCAGCAGGCUGUCCCAUUGCCUGUGAUUACGGCGGCUGCGCCAUUCGCAAACCUGACGGAGUCAAGGCCGCGCCUUGAGACUUGCAUCAUCUCUCGGACGGCUGCGGUGGAUGCUGCAGAGACGGCGCUCUCCGCCAGCCUCGUGGUUCAUGUGGUUGGUGGGCGUGGUGGCGCGCCAGCUUCUGUGGUCAGAGCUUUGAUACAGGGACGUUGUCCGUUGGCAGCAGAAACCUUCUCACUUCACAAAUAUUGGCCGGCAAAUUUUCUCUGUAUAUGCAACAUUGUGGCUACAAGGGAUGCGAUCUUGGCGAUGGGUGUGGUGCAGGGCAGCGGGUUUUCACUGAGUUUCAGUCGAUGGAAUCGUCAAUUGGGUGCCAAGCUGCGGCCGUAUCGCUAUCGCGUACAUGUGGAGAUGACCGGCGUGCCGGCGCACGCGUGGAUCACUGGCACGGCUGAGUCGAUUCUUGGCCCGUCAUGUUGGGUGGAGCGUUUGGGCUCUGAGACGGCGAACCGUGAGGAUAUGGGCCGUUUCUCGAUCGUGGCAUGGACCGACUGUCCGGACAAGAUCUCAAGGGAGUUCCAGUUCGGGAUUCCAGAGCCUCCUGCGCCAUUUGGCACCGGCAAUGAUGAUCUUCAUGCGCCACGAGGGCAGUUAAUUCCUGAGGUUUUCAGUGUGCUUUAUUAUCCGGUCGUGGUGCAUCUUCUCCGCGUGGAGGACCGUGAUAGCUUCACUGAUGUCUCCUCGAUUGAGGGAGGUGGCUCUUCUUCAAACGAUGACAGCAAUGACCCUCGGCGCGAUCCUGGAGGAGGUCCAUCGGCUUGCCAACCACGCUCGCAUUACUUCAAAUGCCGGCGGGGAGUUGUCGAUGGUGCUAUUGUUGGUGGAAAUUGUGGUGGAGCUGCCACAAGUGGAGGUGUUGGCUGGUCCAGGAUGGGCCCUUCUACAAAUAUGAUCCUUCCCGUGCCUGAACUUCAGGUUCCUCCCUUACCUGAUUGUUGUUCCCCUGUCACUAUGGAUGAAGCUGUGAUUUGCAUGAAUUUCUGAGAGUUGACUUGCCUUUCGCCGUCUGAUCCUAUGCCGUCUGGAGGCUGCAAUUACGCCACUGGUGGUUUAUAACAGAAAGGGCCGCACGUCCUCGGCACCGAUUUUGCUGGUGAAUCUUUUGUGGAUGCUUCUGAUGCUUUCCCUCAUAAAAAUUCUCUAGAGGUCUGCUCUGAGAUGUUGAGACCUGAGAUGGACCUGUUCUGUGUGAGUGUUUCUAGUGGUGGAACUCUCCUUUCUGCUGAUGCUACUCCUUUCACCCCGGCGGCCUCGUCUGUGGCUGUGGCAAUGGCGGAUGGGGACGCAUCGCAUCUUGCCGAUUUUAAAAGGGGUUGCAAGCGUCGCCCGGUGGGUGUACUGCCAACUCCGCCGCCACGGGCUCAGGCUGCGGCCAAGAGAAAGGUACAGGUGGCGCGUCCCCUUCGGCGCAGCUCGCGUGUGGCAAACAGGAAGGCGCCGGGCUCUUCCAUCAAAAGGCAACAACGCCUUCUCAUUUCGAGGCUUGGGCUCGCUUGCGAGGGAGAACAAAUUUCCGAAUGCACUUCAGGCUUAUACCAAACUGUUUGAGCAGGCGCUGUCGCAAGAGCAUAUUGCUGCCAUUUUGUCACUCUUCGGAUGGGAACCAAGUGUCCUCCCUCUCAUGGAGGAGGAGAUGGUGGAGGCUGGUGCAGCUUAAUUGCUGUCCAGUUGCUGUGGUCGGGUGGGCUGAAUCAUGUCGACGCCUAAUCCGAGGAUCCUAGUGUGGAACGCACGCGGCCUAAAUUCUCUGGCAAAUCGGUGCGUCGUGUAUCAAGUGGUAGUAGCUGCUAAUGCUUGUAUCGUGUGUGUGCAGGAGUCUAAGGCUGGUCAUAGUGGGGAGUAACAUAGAGUAGUAACAUGUAUAUGUUACUAGUCCAAGUUAUCACCUCCAUAAUGGGUAGUAACAUAUAUGUGGUGUCAUGCAUUAUGUCAUUUAUUAUGUUGUAGACUCAUCUUACUUUGAUUUGUGUGAUGUUAUGGUAACAUAUCUAGUUACCACCUCUCUCUUUUUCUUCAUUUAAUACCAUGUCAUGUCACCAAAAUGCCUAGUUGGCAUCUUAUGUUACUACCUAAGUUACUCCCACUAUGAGUAGCCUAAGCUCCAAGUUGUAACUCCUGAUAUUGUUAGACAAUGUUUUGGUUCUGAA